GGCUGGGCCAGGCCACUGGGCCAGCUGAGGUGGAAGCCCCGUGGAUACCUGGGCUGAAGAGGGGCUGCUAGGAGCGGUGGAGGUGAGGGGAGCCAUGUUCCUGAGCCCUGGCGAGGGGCCCGUGGCUGAGAGUGGGGGGCCAGCACCCUGUGAGGAGACCCCCAAGAAGAAGCACCGCAGGAACCGUACCACUUUCACCACCUACCAGCUGCACCAGCUGGAGCGGGCAUUCGAGGCCUCCCACUACCCCGACAUUUACAGCCGUGAGGAGCUGGCAGCCAAGGUGCACCUGCCGGAGGUGCGUGUGCAGGUGUGGUUCCAGAACCGUCGGGCCAAGUGGCGGCGUCAGGAGCGUCUGGAGACUGGCUCAGGGGCUGUGGCAGCCCCAAGGCUUCCUGACACCCCAGCACUGCCGUUCGCCUGCCCUCCAGCCAUGCCACUACCCCUGGAGUCCUGGCUGGGCCCUGGGCCGCCCGCCAGGCCAGGCCUCACUCAUCUCCUGGGCCCGACCCCGGGCCUGCAGGCGUCCUUUGGGCCUCAUGCCCUUGGCUCGGCUUUCAUGGAAGGCUUCACCCUGGAGGAGGCGUCUUUGCGGCUGCUGGCCAGGGAGCACGCACAGGCCCUGGACAGGGCCUGGCCACCAGCCUGAGCCCGGUGCCUACACAGCUCUCCCUCUUUGGCCUGUCCCAAGGGCCUGGGAUGAUAGAUAUAGGCCAGGAUACUGAUGAGGAAAGAGACUACCCAUCCCCACUCUCCCUGUCCGUGGCCACCCAUGGCAGGUCCCCACCCGACCUUACCCUGCCUUGCAGGGAGACUGGGACCCAAUCUUGGAAAGGAGGUGACCAUAGGAUUCCCAGACCAAGGGGUGUGGGGCCCUCGGUGGCCUUGGGGGUUUCUGCCAUCCUGGGACCUCGGUGCCCCCAUCUAUCAAAUGGGGGUAGGUGGGUGGGUAGAUCUGUAGGCUCUGGGACUGUAAGACUGUAACUGGGAGCCACCAGGACCUUAAUUCUGGGAGUCAGUAAGUCUAAGUCCCUGCUAAUCUUUCACCAGCAGAGCUGCCCAGCUCUCAAGGCCUCCCUCUCUGGGAAAUAACGGCAGAGCAGCUCCAGUCCAGCUGCUUCCUCUCGAGCUGUGCUCCCAGCCAGAGUCCAUCAGGUGAGACAGGCACGGCCACCAGCCCCAUUUUACAGGAAGGUAACCUGAGGCCCAGAGAUGGAAAGUCAGUUUCCUGAGGCCAAAAAGCCAGUAGGGCAUGGAGCUGUUUUUUCACACUCACUGACUGACCCCAUUACACCAGGCGCAGCUGGGUCCCUGCUGGCUCUGGCAGCAGUUGGACCCAGGCCAGGGCUAACAGGGGACCAGGCAGACGCUAGGUGAAUACUGUCUGUCCCUGCUCCCUCCAUGUGUCAAAGCGUGGCUUAUGUCCCCAAUGACCAGAGACUGUCACAUCUCCAGCCCAGAGAGGGUGGUACAGGGCCUUUGGUGGCAAGGCCAGCACUUAUUCUGUCCAACCCAAUCCAUUCAUUCGUCCCUCCGUCUAGCCAGUAAGCAAUAGGGACACAACAGUAAAUAAAACCGACAAAAAUCCCUGCCCUAAUGGAGCUGCCGCUGCAGUGGGAGAGACACGAUGCAAAAUUUAAAAAAUAAAUAAAAUAUAAAAUACCAGCUGGUGGUAAA